CAAAUCGCACUGAAAUUGAACGCUUUUGCUCAUGUUAUCGAUUCAAGACAAGCGAGCCUUCAAUGUGGGCUGUGAAUUCCAAGAUUAUAUUAAGAAUAUCAUAGAUAAAGAUGUUUUUAGAUUCAAGGGGACUGAGGAAAUGGUCGAAGAUUUACUCCAAGAACUGUACAAAUACAAAUGAGUACGAAGUAAACAAUUAAUGAAGCUGAAGUAACUACCAUGUAAACAACCCAAACUGUUGAAUCAAAGCCACGAUAGUUGAAACGGUUGCCUGGCGAGCGCUGCUGCCAUGAUUAAAAUUAAUCUAUCCUCUGAAAUCUUUACUGCCAAUUUUCAGGCUGAGCUGGCGCUCUCAAUUUAGUCGUUCAGAAGUCUCAGUGCAGUGGUCUGGGCCAGCCCUGGCGACCGGGCCAGCUCGCUCCAUGUACUUAGCCCUUGCCAAAAAGCAAGGGUUUAAAAGAGCAAAAAUAAUAACAAGCAAUUUUGAUCCUAAUUCAUAUUUUGAUGGCAUAAAACUAAAAAUGGACUAUUCAUAUCUGCAUCUGGUAUAUAUAUUUCCAAGCCUAGAAUCUUCGAUAUUUAAUCUGACAUUUGAGUGUCAGCUAGAAAGCUUAAGUGUGUCUUUAGAAUGUUUGCUCUUUUCAAGGCCACUUUUACAUGCUCGUAAACCUAUCACCUUUAGUCAAAAGUUACAACCUAAUGUGAGAGCAAACGACUAUCGAUAUCAUUCAAUUACUAUCGAACAAAACAGGUUCUCGGGUGUAAACACCCAUUUGCAACAUGUUCAGAUCAGAGGGUGACAGGCUUGAUAAUAUUUUAUUCUUUGGCAAUUUAAAAUCUUCUAGUUUUGUUAAACUAAAUACCAGCCAAUUUUCUGUUCGCUUACCGGAGCCACGAUGUCACAAUGAGAGAAAGCAGUAUCCAAAACGCGGAUUCAAAUGUAAAUAAUCGCACAGUGAAAAAAAUUGGAACAACGCUUAUUGAAACCCCCUCCUUCCAUCCUUGAAAAUUAUAUCAGCUGCUUAGAUGUUUAGAUCCUGUUGUCAUAUCCUUGCUACCUAAAUUCAUAUCUAACUCAGAUGUGAACAGGCAGCAGCAAAUUCUGCCAAUCACCUUACUGCUGUCAAACCAAAAAGCUUUCACGUGUGGCUUCUAGCCCCCUGGUAACAUAACGUCACGAGACAAUAGAAAAAUACAUGAAUAAUACAUAAAAGCUGGUGUUAUAAACCCCCGUGGCACGUCCUAAUAUGUAUAUCAAUACUAGCUUUUUCCAGCUUCUUUCCUUGGUCUUGUCUGCAGGUAAAUUGGUUCAUUACAUUUUACAGUACAAUGGUCGACCUGCCAGUAAUGUAAACAAUGAACAGUAAAGAUGUGAAAUUUCCAUUGCUUUGCGAAAUGAUUGGGCUAGCUUAAAGCAUCUUAAAGCGUUUUACGUCGACUAGAGACUAACGAAGAAUAGUUAUAGAUCACUCUUCACCAAUUGCUUGCCGCUGAAACAGGAGUCAACUCUGUCACAAUUCACUUUUAUAUAUGGUGAAACGAAGCUGCCAUCAUGGUUCUAAUCAUCCAUAAGUAAAAAGAAGGCUGCAACAGGCUUUUGUGCUGUCAGCGUCUUUCCUUAAAACGCAGAUGAUCAAAUUGACAGCGCAAGUAUGACUGAAGAGAGGUUUGGCAAUCUUCCUGUGGAGAAAACUAGCUAUCUGAGAUGAGGUCAUAGAGCGUGAACUCGCUUAACGGUGAAAGCCAGAAGAAAAUAGGAGGGUAAAAGCGGCUUGAACGAACUGCUUAAGGAGCUGGGGUCAAGCAAAACAGAGAAACAUCUCUCUAUGAAUAACUUAUUAUCUCUGAAUUAUUAAUGCAAAGUGAUAGACAGUGCAGAAGCCUUUCCGACAAGGUACUACCGACACAUCUAAAGGUUUUUUAUUCUUGAGAGCAACGUCGACAUAUUGAUAUAAAGACCUCUGUGAUGCGUGGAAACAGUUGAUUUGUCCAGUUGAUAGGUCUACGCACUACCAGUCGAAUACGUGACGAGAUAGAAAUCAGAGCAAAGCAAUGGUCAUCGAGGCUCUGCUAACAUUGCUCCUCUUUUUGUGCUGCCUUUUUUUAAGAGCUAAGCAUAACGAAAACAGCUCUUCAAAGCUGUACUGGAAGAAAAACAAACGGAACACUGCUAUACUGUCGUUAUGCGAGAAACUAAAAGCAGGAUAUCAACCAACACUCUGGGCGACGAAUUCACAUAUACAGACAAUUCUAGGAUGUUUGGGCCAUUUUUUCAACCACAGGUUUCAGUUCAAAACAGAAUAUAUACAGAUGAGAGAUGGUGGGACUAUCUCGCUUCAGUGGUAUGUUGAAUCAGAAGCACGGGACAUAAAAAGCGCUCGUUCCAACACAGACCCGAUAUUGAUCAUCAGUACAUGGGCUCUCGGGCCAGAUGUUUACUCUAUUUGUGAGGCUUCUUACAAAGAAGGAUUCCAACCGGUCGUCUAUAACAGUCGGGGCCACAAUGUACCCUUAACAACAAGGCAGUUUGCUGCAUUUCUGGAUGCUGACGAUUUCAAGGAGGCACUUGACUAUAUUCACAAUGUAAGUCCCUUUAGUGACUUGUUUGCCGUAGGGUACUCGCUCGGCGCCGGUCCCAUUUUCAGCUACUUGGGAAAGCGCGGAAAGUCUAGUCUAAUCACAGCAGCAGUAUUUGUGUCAUCAUCCCUAGAUCUGGAGAUGGUACUUACCUCUGGUCUCAAAAAGCCGUACAAAGAAGUUGUGAAUCAAUAUUACAAAAAGCUUGUUAGAGAGAGUACUUGCAUGCAUUUCCGCGAAAAGCAAGGCGAUCACGACACUGACGGUUCUUUGCAUGAUAUUCUCCAAUUGUCGCAUUGGGAUACGAGCCCAUACGACGGUUUCAGUGAGUGGAUGAAAAUAAACAAUCCAAUGACAUUCAUAAGGAACAUACGCACGCCAGCACUGUUUAUCAAUUCACUGGACGACCCGGUAUUAGAUGACAAGAUCCCGGCAUAUGUGGUCUUAAGAAAUAACCCAUACUGCCUGGAAGUGGUUACAGACACAGGAGGUCAUUGCGGCUUCUUAGAAGGGUUCUUCGCGUCCCCGUGGACGGAUUCAGUUGCACUCGAGUUCUGCAACGCCGUAGGAAGAUGUCGAAGCCUCAUAAUUUCACCAGUAAAGAAUGGCUUUACAAGGCUUAGAAGCGUCACUCGAUAGUUGUGAUUUAGAACUGUGGUAAUAAUUUAGAAACUCCUGAUCAAGGUCUAAUUAUUAGUUUAUUUAUAAUAUAUAGAAUUUUAAAUCAAAUGUCAAAGGUUGUUGGUGUCAUAGGGCACGUCGCUCUGAACCCUUUCUCUGUACUUAAAGGCUCUCGAUUAACCCAUACACAGAUCUAUGAGAGAUCAAUUGUUUACUCUAACCCAUGUAAGUAAGGGCAUAAUGUAGUCUUCUUUGAGGGGCAUAUUUAUGCGUGCAGAAUACAUCUGGUUGUUUAAACAUAGUUUAUCGAUUGUAAUUGUUAUCGUCUGUAUCUUAACUUUACCCUGGCUUUCUGUAAAAUGAAAUCCUUUUUCAUACUAGCUACAA